AUGCACACGGCAUCGACUAUGUGGUGGUGGAAGGUUUUGGUGUUUGCUGCCAUUGGGACAGUCGAAGCGGCUUCCCGAGAGCAAUGGCUCGGUCGGUCGGUCUACCAAGUGGUCACCGAUCGCUUCGCUCGAUCCGAUAACUCAACCACCGCUUCUUGUGAUGCAGGACUGGGAAAGUACUGUGGUGGGAGCUUUCGAGGCAUCAUAAACCAACUGGAUUAUAUUCAGGAACUCGGAUUCGAUGCAGUAUGGAUCUCUCCGGUGCAAAGCCAGGAGUCAACGCGCACGGCGGAUCUUUCAGCAUACCAUGGAUAUUGGCCGAACGACCUUUACGCCGUCAACUCACAUUUUGGCACUUCCGAUGAUCUCCGAGCGUUAUCCACCGCGUUGCACGCGCGUGGCAUGUACUUGAUGCUUGACAUCGUCGUUGGUGACAUGGCUUGGGCUGGAAAUGCCUCCACUAUCGACUACAGCUCGUUCAAUCCAUUCAGUGAUCAGAAGUAUUUCCACGACUACAAGCUACUGUCUGAGGACCCCACAAAUGAAACCUGUGUUCUGGAUUGCUGGAUGGGAGACAACACCGUAUCGCUUCCUGAUUUGCGAAACGAGGAUCAGGAGGUCCAGCAGAUUCUGGGCAGCUGGGUUUCACAGUUGGUUUCAAACUAUUCAAUUGAUGGCUUGCGAAUCGACAGUGUCCUGAACAUUCCCCCCGCUUUCUUUCCCAAUUUCAGCAAGUCAGCGGGCGUUUUCACGAUGGGCGAAGGAGCCACAAGAGAUGCAUCCGAUUACUGUUCUUUGCAGCCCAGUCUAAGCGGACUUUUGAAUUAUCCGUUGUAUUAUAUCCUCUCGGAGGCCUUCAACACGACCAAUGGAGACUUGAGCAAAAUCGUACAGUCUAUCGAGUACAUAAGGACACGCUGCGAGGACAUAUUCACCUUGGGAACGUUCACAUCAAAUCAGGAUGUCCCUCGCUUUGGCUCAUAUACCUCGGACAUAUCGCUGGCUCGCAACAUUCUCACAAUCAGCAUGCUUGCCGACGGUAUCCCUAUCCUCUACUACGGUGAAGAACAGCACUUGUCAGGUGGGUUCAACCCUGUCAAUCGAGAGGCCCUAUGGCUUACGAAAUACUCGAUGAACUCGACCUCCCUACCUUUGCUGGUCCAGUCGUUGAAUCGCAUUCGAUCAUAUGCAAGCGGCGACGGAGAAAAGUCCAUAGUGGCCUCGAAGUCUGGGAGCGGCUACCUAUCGUUCCUUUCAUUGCCAAUCUACAACGCAACAAACAUUUUAGCGAUGCGCAAGGGAAUUACCGGCAACCAGGUUGUGAGCGUGGUGUCCAACCUGGGAGCUAAGCCAGCCAGCAACGCCACCACCAAAAUCACGCUUGGCUCCGAUGGCACGGGAUUUUCAUCUGGUCAAAAUGUGACCGAACUCCUUUCUUGCAAAACAUUCGUGACUGAUUCAAGCGGAAAUAUUCAUGUGGACCUCAGCUCGGAUGGUGGGCCUCGAGUGUACUAUCCUACUGAAAGUUUGAACCGAAGCACCAAUAUUUGUGGGAAUCACACCCAAACAUCGACGGCCUCGUCAGCAAGUCCAAAAACUUCCAUCGGCUCUCGGGUUUCUUUAUUGGGUUUGUCGUGGGAAAUGAGGGCAUUGAUAGUCACGGCUAUAUUGACCACGUCCUACAUUUUCAUCUAA